CUGAUAAGUGAUCUCUGCUGGUGUGGGUGGGCGAUGCUCAAUCUGGUAUUGUGUAUGGAGGGAUUUUGCCAUUGGUCCAGACAAGAGGUUUGGGGGGCAGGCGUGGACUGAGCGGAGGUGAAAAUACUUUUAACGAUCUCACGAGAAAAUAUGAGAUUUUACUGAUUAUUGUUUACAUUGCAAAAACAUGAGAACCGAACCGAAUCGAUCCGGAUUCAAGUGAAACGCCUGCAACUGCUCAACUUCCGAAACAGGCUGGUUUGUUCCCCGCGGAGAGGAGGAAGGCGACUGGGGACCAACUUUGUUUUGAUCGAGCUGGAAAGCCAGGACCCGAAAUUCAUCUCACCGCCGGGGGAGAUAAAGAUAGAGGGGGUAACUAACGCCAGCUUCAAGACAUUAUUUAUACCUGGUGGAAAAACGCAGAAUCUCGAGGGUCGCCAUUGUGUGGGACGAGAUACCCGACCUUAUAAAGCACGACAUGGUCCUCGGAGAGAGGGCUGUGAUGGGGAUCCCCGCUCAAUAAGGAGCACGGAAAGGCGGGUUCGGGAUACCCGGAGUUGUCGAGGCCUCCGAGGGGGGAAUCCUCCGUCGUCUUCCCCGAGCCACACGGCGCGCUCUCGUGUCUUCAUCGCGAACAAUUAGCAACGCGAGGGACGCGGCUGUGGAUGCGGCCUAGCCUGGGAGGAUCUGCCGAGCACCGGGGAAACGACGGACACGGCUUCGGGCUUCACAGCAGGCCCUCCGGAGGACCGUGAAUAUAUUACAUUACAACAUGAUGGAAGAACUGCACAGCCUGGACCCCCGGCGGCAGGAGCUCCUGGAGGCUCGCUUCACCGGGGUCGGCGUGGCCAAGGGCUCGGGUCAGAAUCAAAAUGAGUCAUCCAAUCAGAGUCUAUGCAGUGUGGGCUCGCUCAGUGACAAAGAGCUAGAGACUCCUGAGAAGAAGGCGAAUGACCAGAGAGUGAGGAAACGUAAAGCUGACCACUUUGACGGCAGCCAAGGCAAAGCCGGAGCGAGAGGACAUAAAAUUAGCGAUUAUUUCGAGUUUGCGGGAGGUAGCGGUCCUGGUACCAGCCCUGCCAGGGGAAUUCCACCAGUAGUCCGCUCUUCCCCACAACACUCUCUGUCCAACCCCCCUGUCACGGUGCAGCAGGGAAGCCCCUCCUCCAUCAGCUCAGCCACCACGGAGCACUCCACAUGUUCUCUGAAGCCUGCGUCUCUUCACAUGCUGCACAAAGCCACACAGUCUGACCUUACUAUAGAGAAACUAACAGCAAUGGAGAACAACAAGAACUCCGACCUGGAGAAGAAGGAGGGCCGAAUAGACGAUUUGCUGCGGGCGAACUGCGACCUCAGAAGACAAAUUGAUGAACAGCAGAGGAUGCUGGAGCGAUACAAAGAACGCCUCAACAAGUGUGUGACCAUGUCCAAGAAGCUGCUGAUUGAAAAGUCCAAACAGGAGAAGAUGGCCUGCCGGGACAAGAGCAUGCAGGACCGGCUUCGGCUGGGCCACUUCACCACAGUCCGGCACGGGGCGUCCUUCACCGAGCAGUGGACCGACGGAUACGCCUUCCAGAACCUCAUCAAACAACAAGAAAGGAUCAACUCCCAGCGGGAGGACAUCGAAAGACAGAGGAAGCUGCUGGCGAAGCGCAAGCCCCCCUCCAUGGCCCAGACCCCGCCCCCAAGCCUGGAGCAAAACAAACGCAAAAGCAAAACCAACGGAACAGAAAGCGAAGCGUACGAAACCCGCCGUCGUUUGUUUUCUCUCCUCUAUCGGUUCUUUUUCCAUCACUCGGGUUUAAACGUCCGCCGGGUUGUUUGUCCCUGCAGGUUAUCGCAGGCGGAGUACCACGAGCAGGAGGAGAUCUUCAAGUUAAGGCUAGGUCAUCUGAAGAAGGAAGAGGCUGAGAUCCAGGCAGAGCUGGAGAGAUUGGAGCGAGUGCGAAACCUGCACAUACGAGAGCUGAAAAGAAUCCACAACGAGGACAAUUCACAAUUCAAAGAUCACCCCACGCUAAAUGACCGAUACCUGCUGCUCCAUUUACUGGGGCGAGGAGGUUUCAGUGAAGUUUACAAGGCCUUUGACCUAACAGAGCAGAGGUACGUCGCCGUCAAAAUCCACCAGUUAAACAAGAACUGGAGGGACGAGAAGAAGGAGAACUAUCACAAACAUGCAUGCAGAGAAUAUAGAAUCCACAAAGAGCUGGACCACCCUCGAAUAGUUAAACUCUACGACUACUUUUCACUCGACACUGACUCCUUCUGCACGGUGCUGGAGUACUGCGAGGGCAACGACCUGGACUUCUACCUGAAGCAGCACAAGCUCAUGUCGGAGAAAGAGGGCCGCUCCAUCAUCAUGCAGAUCGUCAACGCCCUCAAGUACCUCAACGAGAUCAGACCGCCCAUCAUCCAUUACGACCUGAAGCCCGGUAACAUCCUGCUGGUGAACGGCACGGCCUGCGGGGAGAUCAAGAUCACAGACUUCGGCCUGUCGAAGAUCAUGGACGACGACAGCUACAACUCGGUGGACGGGAUGGAGCUGACUUCCCAGGGGGCGGGGACGUACUGGUACCUGCCCCCCGAGUGCUUUGUGGUCGGGAAGGAGCCCCCCAAAAUCUCCAACAAGGUGGACGUCUGGUCCGUGGGAGUCAUCUUCUACCAGUGUUUGUACGGCCGCAAGCCGUUCGGUCACAACCAGUCCCAGCAGGACAUCCUGCAGGAGAACACCAUCCUGAAGGCCACAGACGUCCAGUUCCCCCCGAAACCUGUAGUCACACCUGAAGCCAAGGCGUUCAUAAGGCGCUGUCUAGUCUACCGUAAGGAGGACCGCAUCGACGUGCACCAGCUGGCCAGCGACCCCUUCCUCAUGCCCCACAUCCGCAAGUCGGUGGCGUCCUCGGGCACGUCGGGCAUGGCCGUGGCGUCCACGUCCAGCUCCUCCAACAGCAGCGCCUCAAACUGAGCCCCCGGGACGGACCGGGUCCAUUCAGAGCGCGGGACGGGGGCGACGCCCCACCCCCCCACCCCCCACCCCGAAGAGUUCACAGGAAGUGGAUGGGGUUGGUUGAGACGACAUGGACGGGUUUAAAGGAAGGGGAGCUCCGCAUGUCCCUUCACCCCUCCCCGUCGGUCCUGCUUUCUGGGGGGGAAACGUAUAGAAGGGUGGCGUUGUCCUGGGGGUCAAAGCCCCGGAUGACUCCCAGCCUUGGCUCUGUGUUCGGGGGGGGGGGCUGAAAGCGGGGUUCAGUGUUUGGGAUAUUUCUGUUCCGCUUUUAAAAAAAAAAUAAUAAUAAAAAAGAAGAAGAAGAAAAAAUGAAGUACAGAACUGCUUCAGCUUGGCCAGAUGGGAAGGACUGGGAAGGCCUCACACACACUCACACACUCACAAACACACACCCCCUCCAUGCAUGAGCCGCUCUGCUCCCAGGCCCCCCCCCCCUCCAGCCGGUCCCUGUUCGAUCCCGAAUAUCUCCGACACUGUCGUCCUCUCAGCCGUUCUGGGACCCCCCACCGCACCGCACCCCCACCGCCUGGCUUCAGUUCCGCCCUGGGUUUUAUGACCCCCCCCCCCCCCCCCCCCCAAACUCCUGUGACCAAAGCGUAGACCUUCCAGCUGGUGGCAGUGUUCCACCUCAGUUUUUAUAAUGAAUGGUUUCAGAGUGGCGUGGAAGCUGUGGAGGAGCGACCCCCCCCCUUUUACAUUUUUUUAAAAGAAACUUUUCAAUUGAACAGGUUUUAUGGAGAAAACUGUUGUUUUCGAGUUGCCUUUAAUUAGAACUGUUCUUGUUUUCGAUCGAGUCCCCCCUCCUUUCCAUAAACACAUAUUUAUUUAGGUAUGUUUGAAUUUAUUUUUGGCCAAUAAAAUGCAAGGGACUGGUU